GCACAUCUUGGCGGUGUACCGUCUCAUCUGCGGGAAGUUUAGUUUCUUUGGUUAUGGAGCGGACUAACUCUGUAAGGUCUUAGGGAUAUUUAACUUCAUGAAGAAAUUCGAGUUGAUGGCACUUUUUUCUCCUGGUCUCUUAAAAAAGCGCUAGCGUCAUCCAUCUGUACAUGGUACUUUUGAAGUUGUAAACCACACUACAGGACAGUCACUGUAACCUAGUUACGAUUCCCUCCUUUUUGAUGUCUUAAUUUACUCAUGUCGUUUUGAGUUGGUUAUUCAUCUUUAUAGCUGAGGUAGCUUCUCAAAUUAUACUGAGAGGAAUUAAGGUUUUGAAUCUGACAUUUCAUAGCGAGGUGUGGAUUUACAUUUCAUUAUUCGUUACCUAAUAAUAAUUAUGUUUUUCUUAGUUGUUUCGAAUUGUCUUAAGGGUGUAUUUUUUGAUAAUAUAAAAAGCUAGCAUUGUUUGAACAGCAAGCAGGAGGUGACCUAGAUCUCCACUGAUGAAUGUUCAUGUUUGCUUAUGGUCUAAUUAACAACAUGAGUAGCAUAGGAGUCAAGAUAUGAUGCUAUCAAUCAAACUAAGGAAGAAUAAUAAUAGCAAACAUGAUUCGAAGCAAAGAACGUUCUCAGUAAAAAAUGUGGAGUAAUAUCGGAAAUCAAGAUUUUCCGAAUAUAAAGUGUAAAUUUAUCUUCGUCACAGUGAUCGACUUCUAAUGAGCUAAAUGUCAUCCCAUAUGCUUCUUUUGGGGGAACCUCAAGACUGGCCAUAUCAAGUUGUAUGUAAUCAGUAAUGAUAUUUAUCUUGGUGAGCAUAGUUAAUUUAAUUUAUGUAUGCUGAAUUACAAGCUUCUGUGUUCUGUUCAAACGUAAACCUUGAAAAUGCAAAAGAUUCUCAGGAUACGUUUGCCAAACAGCCCCAAUUAUUUGCUAAACUUUUUAAGUCACUACACAACUGUCGAUGAUUUGUGGAAAAAAACUGGGAAUGAGUUAUGUUGUACGUUUGGCUUGAAUUUAUGCAAUUACUUAAUAAGUACCUAUUUACUCAGUUAUGAAAUGCCUUAGUCAUAUGGUUAAAAAGUAUAUAUUUGGGACUUGUUGUAGGGUGGCGAAUACCAGACAACCUGGUGAGACCUUACAAAGAAACAAUAACCGUUUAGGAUAAGCAUACUUUUGGGAAUUUUACUGAUAUCAAACUCUGAAUACUCCGCCAAUCAUGGACGAAUGUAGUAUCUAACCUGUCCAUGAAUCGAUCACUUUUACUGCCUAGUAGUAUAUGCAUUACAGGUCGAGGAUUCUCCGUUUCUAAUGAUAUCCAGAAGAAAUAUAUACUAAUUAGUUGGAAUAUCUUACCGAAGCGUUUUUUUAUGGUUGGUAGUGCUGGGGGAAUGUCAUUUGGGAUUUUUCACGUAAUAUUUACAAAAAAAAACAAAAAGUUUACUUAUGCCAAUAUUUGUUCGUACAAUUUCUCUAAGUCCUGAACUAUGAUGUUUGAAGCACUUUAGGAAAUCCCAUUUUAAGAACCAGGUGUUCCGCUAUUUCUGCCGACUGAAACUUAAUUUACUGAAUUGCAAUUGUCCACAGUUAAAACAUAAGAUUAGGUGGUCAUAUUUCGCGAAGCUGUCAAAGAUAGGCACCAGUAAGCAUAUUUAGUUAUAGUUAUCUAGCUGUCAAAAUUCUUAUUUUGGAGGGAAAUAGAUGACUUAGCAGUUACUUAACGGGUAUUCUAGUGUAAGAGCUUGAUCCAUACUAAGGCACGUUUUGUGGCGAAUUCAUGACAUUUUCUUGUGUCUAUAGUGAAUAUUAUUCCUCGGAAGUAUCGUUAUGAAAGAUUACUGAAAAUACGAAGUAUGUGGUUGGGUAAUCAAUUUUUGUUAUUGUGUUCUAUUUUUACUAAAUGUGGUUAAUAUUGUAUUACUGGGUUUUACAUCUGAAUACUUUGUAUAGACGUGUUUUCUCAAAAAUCCUCUUACACAGAAAUCAACUGAAAAGAUCGUCACAGAUUAUCAAAAGGCACAUAAACGCGCUGAACUUGAACGUUUACGUAUAGCCAGAGAGCAUCAAAGGGAACUAGAAAGAAAACAAAAAAUAUUGGAGAAGGUUUCUCUUUUCGAUUAUUUAAACACUUCUGACUAGGAAAAGCAACAACGAGAGAGACAAGAAAAGAGAGAUGCUGAAGAACGUAAGAAAGAAGAGAAGCGUUUGAAACGUAAGGAAGAGCAGCGCAAAAAAGAAGAGGAAAGGGAAAAUGAACGUAAAAAGAAGGAGUAUGUUUCAUGCUAUUUAAAUUUCUUAGUUUUGUUUGUCUUCUUUAUUCAAUACUCAUUUCUUGUUUUAGGGAAGAAAAACGCAAGAAAGAGGAAGAAAAACUGCAAAAAGAACAAGAAAGGAAAAGGGAAGAAGAGUUAAAAACCCAGAGAGAAGAAAAACAACGGGCAGUUUUGUUAGGAUUUCUUGUGAAAUCAGAAAGCAAAAAGGAAACCAAUACCAUCUCUUGUACAGACUGUGGACCAUUUAUACAAUUUGAAGUCAGAAAAGAUAUGAGAAUGGCUCCUUUGCAUAGAAUGUCACAGGCUUUACUUUCCUCAAAACGAAGCAACAUGGAAAACUUACGACAUGCAUGGGUAAACGGAAACGACAAGGAUGCAGCAUCGUCACUUGGGUUACUUAAAUUUGGACGUGCUAACUAUCUUCAUGAACUACGAACAGGACAGAUAUUACCAUUAUCCUAUCCAAGUACCUGGCCAAUUGAACCUCCCGAAGUUCAAUAUCUUGGAGAUAAUAUCUAUCCUGUUAUAAACUCGAUCGCUUUAAAACAACACGGUAAUCGUGGUAGUGGUGGAACAGUAUGGCUACGUGCAAAGUUAUUUCAAUUCGUUGAAAAUUAUCGACCUGCAUAUUAUGGUACAUGGCGACGUCGUAGUUGUAUUGUUACUGGGCGAAGACCAUUUGCUCGUGAUGAUUAUCAACUUGAUUAUUCCAUCGAUUCAGAUGAUGAAUGGGAAGAAGAAGAACCUGGUGAAAGUAUCACGCAGUCUGAUAAUGAAGAUGAAGAAGACGAAGAUGAGGAAAAGGGUGAUGAAGAUGACGAUGAUCAGUUCUUUGUUCCACACGGCUAUUUAUCUGAUGAUGAAGGUGUUGCUGUAGAAGAAGGUGAUGGUCCGAUCCCUGAUGAAAUGAAGCAAUUGCGUCAACAAUUAUCUGUUGCGGAGUAUGAAGCAGCUCAUCGUCGUGGACUUCAACGUUUAAAACCAUUAUUACUAGGACCUUUAUGGUUGCCUGAACCAGUUGAAUGUUGUUUACCAAGCAGUAAUGCAAGUAACAAUAAUACUACUAGUGCUACCACUAAUAAUAAUCAUCAUUUUGAAGAGAAUAAAGAAAACAUCGAAUUUCCUGAAAGAUUUAUUCUCAGUAAGCAAACCAAUGAGAAAACUGAAUUCCAAUUAAUGAAAUCUGUUUUAAGCGUCUAUCGUGUGCAUUUAUGGACAACAAAUUUUCCGAUUUCUGUUGAACCAGAUAUUGUUGCCACUACUACGCCUUCAAGAAGACCGAAAAAAUCUAUCCCAGAAGAAGCGAUGGCGUAUUUUAUUCACCUUGUUCAUCGGAGUCCUUUGGGAAAGCAUAAAUUAGCUUUUGAAUUUCGUGUAUUUUGGUAUCGUCAUACUACUGGCAUUCUACCAGAAUGCUUACAAUAUAUGGAAUAUAAAAAAUAUAAUGCUUCUACAUUGGGUUCAUCAAUCUCACGCGGUGGUGGUCUUCCUGUUUUAUCUGGUCCAGGUUGGGAUAGUUUACCAUUAAGUCAAUCACUUGUGUUAUCCAAAUUAUCUGAGAUCGCGGUUUUCACAGAAGGAAGGUGGAUGGUUAACACAGAAAUACUUCAGAAAUAUGCUUCACGUCUUUGUAAUCUGUGCAUUAUUCAAGAAUUAAGUGGUGGUGUUGCUGGUAGUUUGGACAAAGUUGAUAAAGAUUAUUUUAAUAAUCUUAUAUUUCCUUCAUGGGAAUAUUUAACAGAUGUAGCGGUGACUAGUAGCAGAGUAAAUCGUGGUACAUCAACAACUAGUCGUCGAUCUCUAGAAGCACCACAAUCACAAUUACAAGCAACUGUAGAUCGUUUACAUGAACCACACAAAAAUGUAAUGACUAUCAAUAAUUAUCCAGUUGUUUUAUUGCAGCCUCUACAAUCUUCAGAUGUUGUAGUAUCAAGUAAGCAAACUGAUAAGGAAUUAUCAAUUCAUAAAAAUAAACAAUUGUUUCAAUCUAAAAAAAUUCAUUCAUCCGAAAAAGACAUUAAUUUAUCGGUUAGCAUAAGUCAGGAGAACUGUUCUUCUUCAAACGUGACUACUACUAUUGCUUCUACUGGUUCGUCCCAUACUCCAAGCCGAAGAAAAGGAGUUACUAACAAAAUUCUCACAAAUGAAAAAGACACUCCUUCAUCUGUCAAUAACAGUAAAGAAAACUGUUCUCCGAAAGUGACUACUACCACUGGUUCAUUACAAACUCCAGGUCGAAAAAGAGUAACUUUGGAUUCAUUUCUCAUACCACCUGCAAAACGAUCAAACGUUAAUUUAUGUUCUGAAAUUCAGUCAGAUGAAGAUUGUGUUAUUGUAGACUCAAAAUGACAAUUAUUUCACUCUCACAAUAUAUAUAUAUAUUGUUUGAGAAUAUUUGUGAAUAGUCUAGGAGAUAUAUAGUUUAUGUGUGCAUACCUCAGUAUUUACGUUUUUCGAAACCGUGUUUUGUUUAGGGUGAUUUAACCCCUGCUUAUCUCAUUACCAUUUCGAUCCUCUCUUAUUUCAUAAUAAUUGUCUACUCUCUAAUCUAUGUAUAAAAAUUAGUUUCAAGGGAUGCAUGUUAAAUCCAUAUUCCGUAUGUUCUUUUUGUUAUUUUUUUGUUAGCAUGUGAAACUAUGAAGUACUAUUAAGUAACUGAAAUAUAUCCUUUAUCUCCUCUCUCGCUCUUCACAUAUACUGUUUUAUAGAAAUUCUUUGUAAAGAUUUCAUCUAUUGUUUAUACAUAUCUCAUUAUUUUGAAGACAAACAAAAGUAAAGUAUAGUGGACUAUUGUUUUUCCUCUCCUUCACCAAUGUGUGCUUCACAUUAUCUAUUUUUGUAUAUUUAUGUGUUUAUGAUCAGCCAAAAAAUAUGUUUCUCUAUUCAACAACUUGUGGAUGUUUUUUUCGAAAAAAAGUUGAUAAUUUUGUUUU